CAUUUCCCCGAUAUAAAACGGAAACAGACGAGUCCACGAAAUCGAGAAAAGCUACAAGAGGUGAUGCUUGGGAGAAUAAAUAAUCAAGUAACAUAAAAACAAUAUUAAGGGACUGAUUUCAGUUGCUUGAUUUUUACAUAGAGCUUUCGACGGACGAUCUACGACAAUGUCUGCCCAAGCUCAAAUGAGAGCUUUGCUCGACCAGUUAAUGGGAACAGCGAGGGAUGGUUCAGUGUAUCUUUGCCAGCCUACAUCAAUCUGCAAAGGAGUUGCAGAAAAGCCUCAUGUUCAUCGAGCCGUUUGGGCAAGAAAACUGUUCCCAUUUAUACUUUUCUACAGCGGGUUUAAAAUUCUGCUGCUGAGGUCUUGAAGAUGCAGAAGGGUACAGUAUGUGGUGCAGAUCGCAGUGUGUAUAAACCCAAUUUUUUUCCUUGGAUUUCAUUCUGUAUUUUGUUGUGAAUGUCCUUUCACUGUUUCAUUUUUGUAAAGGGCUUGGCUGGAACAAAUGUCUUGAUUGUUUAUAUUCCUUACCACAGUCUUAAAAGUCAUUCCCAUAUAAUCAGAUCUAAAUGUAUUUUAGUGUAUCUUGAAGAUUACACAGUGAUAGGGAUAGUUGUGUUUAUAUUAUGCUGGUUUUAUAGCCACUUGUAGUAUUAUCUCCCUAAUGGACCACAUUUACAGAGUGGGCACGGAGCCUUUCCUCAAGUUAAACUUGUGGGCUCCUGCAUGUAAAGUGUCGGUAUGGUAAGAAAACAAAUAACAGGAAAUACAAUAGACAAGAGGAACCCUCCACGUUUCACAAUAUAACUUAGACUUCUAGGCUGACAAAGUUGCUUUGUAUAGGAUUUAUGAUGAGAAACUAAACUCACUUAGGAGGGGAAUAAUCAUCCCUGAGUGCACUUAGUGACAUGUCAGCCCCAUGAAUGUAGUGCAGUUACAGUAACGUAUGUAAGCACUGGAUACGUCGGCCAUGAUAACGAGUAUGUGAGGGCUUUCUCACUGGUUGUUUUUUUGGACUGUUUCAGGGGAUGAGACACGGCAGAGGGUCAAGUUCACUGACGAGCGAGUCUGCAAAAGUCACCUUCUCAACUGCUGUCCACAUGACAUCCUUUCUGGGACUCGUAUGGACCUGGGAGAGUGCACGAAGAUUCAUGACCUGGCACUUCGGGCAGAUUAUGAAAUUGCCUCCAAGGAAAGAGAUCUGUUUUUUGAGCUUGAUGCGGUCGAUCACCUGGAGUCGUUCAUCGCUGACUGUGACCGGAGGACAGAACUGGCCAAAAAACGUUUGGCUGAGACUCAAGAAGAGAUCAGUGCUGAAGUCGCAGCAAAGGCAGAGAAAGUCCAUGAGCUGAAUGAAGAAAUAGGGAAACUUCUGGCCAAAGCUGAGCAGCUUGGAGCUGAAGGGAAUGUGGAUGAGGCUCAGAAGGUCCUGCAGGAGGUAGAGAAAGUCCGCACCAAGAAGAAGGAUGCAGAGGAAGAGUACAGAAACUCCAUGCCUGCCUCCAGCUUCCAACAACAGAAGCUGCGAGUGUGUGAAGUGUGUUCUGCUUAUCUGGGUCUACAUGACAAUGACCGUCGCUUGGCUGACCACUUCGGAGGGAAGCUUCAUCUGGGCUUCAUCCAGAUCAGGGAGAAACUGGACCAACUAAAGAAAACUGUCGUUGACAAGCAAGAGAAACGGAACCAGGAGCGCUUAAAGAGACGAGAAGAGAGGGAGAAGGAGGAAAGAAUGAGGAGAAGGACCAGAUCACGAAGCAGAGACCAUAGAAGAUCCCGUUCUCGUGACCGCAGAAGGAGGCGUUCGCGCUCCUCUUCACGAGACAGGCGCCGUUCUCGCUCGCGCUCCAGGGAGAGGAGGAGGCGGCAUCGCAGCCGCUCCCGCAGCCGAGGCCACCGUCACAGCCACGAGCAGAGCUCCAAACACAAGUCGUCCAGGGACCGAGAGCGCUCAUCCAGAGACCGGUCACGGGAGCGAGAGCGGGACAGGAGGGACGGCAUGAACGGCAGGUCAGACUCCCGGCGGGCAGACGACAGGGACAUGGGGGAGCUCUGAAGACCAAACGCCAUCCACCCACCCACACCCACGGCCACCUCCUGUCUCUCCAUCACCUGUCGGUCCAUUUUUAAUAACCCAAAUGUUACCCAUGGUUCUCUCCUUAACCAGUCUGUUCUCCCGCCUGCGUCUAUUCUUUGCUUUUACAUUUAACUGAAGCCGACCCCAAACUGUGGAGUCACUUCAUAAGCAUCCAGAUUUAUCAAAAGGUCGGUCAGGUGGCUUGUUAUUGAUCGGUAGUGGAGUGUGUUGUAACAUCUGUAGUUUGAUGGCUGUUUAUAUCCAGUACACCCCAUGUUUUAUUCUCUACAUUAAACCCUGUAAUGAUUCUAAUAGAAAAGGACUGAAGCAUCAAACCUACUUUUGUUUUCUUCUUCGCUGAUGGAAUUUCGAUACAGAAUCUGUCCGUACAUUAGACUAAAAUCCACUGAGUGUCGUGCUACAAAAGCCUGGUCCUUGCAUCAGUUUAUCUCAGUGAAACAUGGUCCUGGUAAAGCUGGAGUACACUUGAAUGUCUGUCCACAUUUGUCUCCAGUAUUUAGCCCAUUUUUAAUUUCAUUUUUUUUAAUUAGGAAAUGAAACCAACAGGGUUUUAAAGUCACUAGUGUUAGUAUUUUCCUCUUGUCAGUCAAAUGAUCCCAUUUUCUUUUGUUUUGGUUUCUCUCAAAUGAUCAAGUUUUAUUUAAUGCUGCCGAUAAUUGAAGAAAUAUAAUGGAUAACAAGUCUGGCCAAUGUAAGUAAAUGUAUGUUUUGAAAUGUUGGUAUUGGGGCAUGUCGUCUCUUGUUUGAUAAUCUCUUUCUAUUUUGAUUUCUUUUAUUUAACGUCAUGGAUAAAAUGGUAACUUCAGAGUUACGGUCGGCAUAUACAUCCGUAGCCUCAGAAAUGAUAUCCAGUGUGAAAAGUCUACAUGUCCUCAUCAGUCAGGUCAUAUAAAUGAAAAUUUUAGUCUGAACCCUACACUUUGUGGUUUCAGAGUAGAGUUAUAAUUAAGCAAACAGACUGAAAUGGAUGCAUUGCUUUACCUAAUGUGUGAUGUCAUGGUUAUGUUCUGCUGGAAUUUUUUCUUUAAAAGUCUUGAUUAAAAAUCCCUACAUUUUAA